AAAUGUCGUCCCACAAGACUUUUAGGAUCAAGCGCUUCCUCGCCAAGAAGCAGAAACAGAACAGGCCGAUUCCCCAGUGGAUCAGAAUGAAGACCGGCAACAAGAUCAGGUACAACUCCAAGAGGAGACACUGGAGGAGGACCAAGCUUGGCCUGUAAACAAGAGGGUCCCUGGAUCCCGGCAUCCCUCCAACCCAACAUCUGCCAGGAGCUCCAGCUGCUGGGCCUGACUGUGGGUGGGGGAGCCAUGUCAUCUGGAACAGCAGUUGUUUUGUACAGAUACUCUGGUUAUGCUCAUGUUUGACAAUAAAAGAUCUGUGAUCAAACUUGA